GGCGCAAGCGCCCUGGUGCGUUUCCGAGCGCACGGUACGCUCCUGGAGGGAGCAACGAACUACACUUCCCAGCGCUCAUAAGGAACGGAAGUGACGUGGAGCAGCCAGACCUAGAGGGCUCGGGUAAAAAUGGCUGAAUAUUUAGCUUCGAUAUUCGGGACUGAGAAGGACAAGGUUAACUGCUCUUUUUACUUUAAGAUCGGGGCCUGCCGGCACGGGGACCGGUACUCCCGGCUUCACAAGCCGACUUUCAGCCAGGAGGUGUUCACGGAACUGCAGGGGAAGUAUGGGGAGAUGGAAAAGAUGAAAGUGUGCGACAACCUUGGGCACCACCUCGUGGGCAACGUCUAUGUCACGUUCCGGCGGGAGGAGGAUGCAGAGCGGGCUGUGGCGCUCAAUAACCGGUGGUUCAAUGGGCAAGCUGUGCACGCCGAGCUGUCUCCUGUCACCGACUUCUGGGAGUCAUGCUGUCGCCAGUAUGAAAUGGGGGAAUGUACCUGAGGUGGCUUCUGCAACUUCUUCCGGCCCAUUUCCUGAAACCUCAGGCGGCAGCUCUAUGGGCAGGGACCCAGGUGCAGGUCACCGCCAAGGUCCCAUACUGGCCACCGUCCCCGAGAGAGAAACCGCCGGCAUUCCCCAGAUCACCGGCAUGGCCGCUUCUGAGGACCUGGCUGCCUUACCCUUCGCCACCCACAGGAACAGAUGUUCCUGGCAGGACCUCUCCUCAAAGCCCCCUUCACUUUCCUGCCCUGUCUUUCCGAGCCUCCCGGGCUCCAUAAUGUAAUCUGCUCAACAUGGAGACCUUCUUCUGCCGCCCCUCUGUUAAUAAAGUACCAUAUAGCGAAUUUUGCUUUGUUGUAAAACCACAGCAAGUGAAUAGACAUUUCCUUCCACCCACACAUGUGACGAAAACGGGAAACGACAUUGGGGUUCCGGCCACAGCUUCAGCUGAAGAACUUGGAACGGCCAGCUUGCGACCCAGGACCCCAACAGUACUGUGUGGCAGAGGCGCUGUGUUUGGAAGUCCCGGUAUCACGGCCCCCCAGAUGGGGCCUGGACUACCCGUCUUGACGGCCUUGCUGCUUCUGGCCCUGGCGCCACCGCCGGAAGCCUCCCAGUACUGCGGCCGCCUUGAAUACUGGAACCCAGACAACAAGUGCUGCAGCGUCUGCCUGCAGCGCUUCGGGCCGCCCCCCUGCCCAGAGGCCGGUCCCUGCCAAGGGGCACUGCACCCGCACACCUGGAAACCCAGGUGCCACUACCUCCCAGGAGCGCACCUCACCAGCAAGUUCCAUUGCUUCGAGGACGCCUGAACCUGUCCCUGGGCAGACGUUGCCGAGUUUCAUCCCGCUCUUGGUUCUGGUCCUGCUCCCGACUUUGGUGGUGACAGCGAUCCUCCUGUUUGCUCUGCUCUGGCACUUCUGCUGGCCCAAGGGGAAAGUGGACCCCUAUCCCUAUCCUGGCUUGGUCUGCGAAGUCCCCAAUACCCACACCCCCUCGAAUUUGUGCUCCCCAGGCGCCCUGGAGACAGGGGACACAUGGAAGGAGGUUUCUCUACUUCCACUCCUGAGCAGGGAACUGCUCAGUCUGGCAUCACAGCCCCUGUCUCGCCUCCUGGAUGAGCUGGAGGUGCUGGAAGAGCUGAUUGUACUGCUGGACCCUGAGCCUGGCCCAGGUGGGGGCAUGGCCCAUGGCACUACUCGACACCUGGCCGCAAGAUAUGGGCUGCCUGCUGCCUGGUCCACCUUUGCCUACUCGCUGAGGCCGAGUCGCUCGCCACUGCGGGCUCUGAUUGAGAUGGUGGUGGCAAGGGAGCCCUCUGCCUCUCUGGGCCAGCUUAGCACACACCUGGCCCAGCUAGGCAGGGCAGAUGCAUUAGGGGUGCUGUCCAAGCUUGGCUGAUCUGGGGUUCACUGGGCUUAACACUCCAUCUUGCUGACUACUAGUCCCAGCAUACAAUUAGCACUGAAGUACUUCCUGAAGUACAAUCCUAACUGGGCAAAGACUCAACAGAUACCCUCACUGCUCUUUGCCAUAGAAGGAAGGGCCCAUUCCAACAUACACACAGGGCCACAUGUGGGAGGGCUGACUCCAGGUGCUCCUGGGCCACCAGAAUCCCCUCUGAAAAACAGCCCUGCUACAGGCACUUGCUGUGAUCUGUGUUGUUCUGAAGCUGUAACAGACCUCAUGACUGACUUCUAAUUCUGAAUGAUGGCCUCUCACUACCUGUUGAGGCUGAAAUUCCUUGGCUCCCAAUGGGUAGUUGUGGAGAAGUGGGGUUCCUACCUGCCCCUACAUCCUACAAAUGGGAAGACCACCUCUCCAAACAUUGACAGACUUUAUUGUGGGGGGGUUCCCACCUGGGACCCCACCUCUUAAAUAAAAAAGUGCAUAGAAAA